AUAGAAGCUUGCCUUUUGGCUGCAUUGUCACUUUUGUCCAUUCAUUAAUGCACUUCUUACACCAGUUAUACUUCAUAACGCUUAAAGUCAUGUAAACACCUUAAGCUCUAUUCUUUAAUCAAGUAAGGUCAUAAACGGUUUAAGCAAAGUCAAUCAGACAACCACAAGUUUUUGCCCAUUACCCCAAAUUUAUGUUUAAUUUACCAACAUUCUUACGACUUAUCCAACGUGAGCAAUUAUUGUGCGAAUGCCUGUUUACUUUUUUAACUUAAAAGCAGAGAAUAAUCUGAUGAUUUAAAUCUUGUGAAAAUGCCAUUUUCUUGUGUUGUUUGCUUUUUUUUAUUUAUUUAUUUAUUUAUUAUUAAAUUAGCAGAUUUUUGUGUAUUGGGGUGCAUGUAAAUGCACUCAGUGUCAACAAGACAUCAUCUCUUUCUGUGGCUAUUGGUUAAUGUUUACUUGCUUUUUAUUUAACUUAUUUCAAGAACAGGGACCCUGACCUCUCUUAAUUAUAUCGCAGCCAGUGUUGUUUUCGCAACGCAACUGAUCCACUCAAAUCAUGUUUACUAGUUUCUGAAGCAAACAGUCAUAUCAAAACAGGGAUUCUGCCAUAAUCUUAACGGACAGGUGCUACACAGGAACUAAGUUACCAUUAGUCUGGUUUACUGCUCUUAAAGCAUUGUUCUCUUUACUGUUGAAGUUAUUUCAAUGUUUUUAUAGUGUGCUUGUUGGAUUUCUUCUUCUACUUCUUUUUUCUAGUUCUCUAAACACUGUGCUACUUCUGUGCUAUGUUGUAUUGACGUCAAAAACAAGGUGAUGACACGAUGAACGAAUUGUUAAUACAGCCAAGUCUUGGACACUUUUGAGUGUACAAUCAAAUGUUGUUUGGACUAUACUGACUACAGCGAGCUCUGCAGUACUACGAUAUGUAUUCUGUGCCAUGUCGUUGUAAUCACUUGUACAGUUGACGAACUUGCAACAAGGGCUUGCAACGUAUGGUUCUUCGAUUGUCUACAGGGCCUCUGUGAAGACUUUGCUUAUAGUAGUCUAGGUAAUCUACCUUCAAGCUCACUUGGCUCGAUAGCAUAUAGCUCAUAAAUCGCAGGGCCCCGGUGUGCUGAUGGACUGCAGCUGAGAUAAUAGGCUUGUCACCAUGUUUAUGACUGCCAGUCACAUCUGUUGGACUUUACUGGGAUCACUUGGACAUCUUGAAUAUGUACAUUGAAGGAGAGACAUGUUGACCUAAUGUUGGCCUGAGGCAUCUUUGAGGUCAUACACUGGUGCUAUAGUGUAAAAAACAACUGAAAACAGUCACAUAACGGAAGUUCGAGGUAUUUCUGUGGUUGCUUGGCUAGAAUAUAUGCAGUGAAUCCCAUUGUAAAUGGAACAAGACAAACUUUGUAACCAAGCUCCUUGGCUAGCCUUGGACCGUUUCCCAACAGUAACUGGAGAGUUCUGUUCUCUGAAGAACUCUUGAAAUGAUGAUCAUUUGAGAGGUUCAAAUUUACGUUGUAUUGGUCUGAAAACUCAGAACUGUUAGAGGUUACAAGACUUUAUCAGAGGUUGUAAUGUGCUUUACACUGGGGAUGCGUACUGUGGUUCAGUUCUGCGUAUGACUUUGCUAAGUAACGUUUAAAGGGUAGGUUUUCGCUCAGGAAACAGAUCUUUAAAGAGCUGCUCUAUUCCAGACUGUUUGCCUGAUUUUGAGGUGUCAUUUAGGGUAAUGAACCAGUGAUUGAUUUUCCAGUCAGCCUCUAAUGAGCGCUUGAAUUGACAGAUCUCUGGAGGCAGUACUUCAGAUUUGGCCAAUCAGGUCUCAUUAUCAUCACACUGACAGUGCUGGAACUUGUUGCUUUUGAAACGUCAUAGAUUCCCCUGUGGCUGGAUCGUGACAUCUCAUCUUCUCAGAUCACAUCAAACUAUCAGUGGUUUUCUAAAUGGUGCUCAAACCCAUAUUAUCUUCUAAAGAACCAUAUUUAACCAAUCUCGUUUCUACAACUUUGAAUUAACUGUUUUAGGGCUUUCUGAGUCUAGUUUGUUUUCCUAAAUCAUAUUUCUGCGAGCUGUUCUUUAUCAGAGUUAAUUACAUACUAUAUAUAUAUAUAUAUAUAUAUAUAUCUCAGUGUCUAUAUAGUUUAUCAGUGAGUGCAUUUACAUGUACAAUCUUGCACAGAUUAUUAUUAAUAAGCCGACAACGUGUAAGGUCUUUGUAAAUGCCUUAAACAGUUUUCCUUAAUUGGUUUAAGGUCAUAAACGUCUUAAGCAAAAAACGAUCUGCAGAUGUACAUUUUUGCCCAUUAUCCUGAUUUUGAUGUUCAUGUAAACACUGACCAUUCUUACAAUCUUAUCAAAUGUUUUGGUGUACAUGUGAACGCACUCCUUGAGGAUUCAGUCAAGUGAAUUUUUGUGCGACUCAUUUGAAGAGGCUUAAUUUCUAAAGGAAGAUAGAAGUAACAGGACAGCCUGGAGAACGGGAAAGAAGACGUGGGAGGGGGAGAGGGGGCACGAGAGAUUAUCUGGAAGAAGAGAGCGAGCGUGUUGGAGAGGGAGAGAGAGCUGGAACGGCAGAGGUUGGAGGAGGAGAGGAGGAACGCUGUCGAGUACACAGUGUGGAGGCUGAGGGAGGGCUUCCAGGAGAGGGGGGAGAGAGAGGAGGAUAGACUGAAAGGGAGGAGUGCAGAGGGCGAGAGAGAAGCACAGCCAGAGGUGAUCUGGAAGAGAAGAGAGGAAGAGGAGGAGAAAGACAGGGAUAGGGGUGAGGUUGGUGACAAAGGUCCCAAAAUCAUCUGGAGGAGGAGGGAAAGAGAGUGACUGGAAAAGAUGAGGGUGUGUCAGAACUAAACAUUCUCAGAUGUGUCACAGGAACUGAGGUGGCAGAUUCAGACAUGCAGUAAGAACAGUCUGUAUAAACUACCAUAAACAUUCUUCUUGUAUCCAAAAUGUGUGUAGUCUAGCUGCUUGAAGACAACUACAUGUUGUACAUCAGGGGUCUCCAACCUUUUCAAGCCAAGGACCCUUUGGUGGGACAGAGCAGGGACUCCUUGUCACAUAUUGUGUAUACAGCUGACCAUGGCAUAUUAAUGUAUUGACAUUUACGAUGCUUACAUGGUAAAUUUAUUAAAAUAAUCAUUGAUGUACAGCAUGAACUACUUAUACUUUUAUUAAUGUGUAGGGACAAUGAAACAUUUAGCGGAACUUUAGCUUCUUAACUUAAGCUUUGAUUGAAAUUAAUAUUAACUUAAUAUUGUAUUUUUGUUUAACAUCUUCACAAAAUUUAGUUUGAGAUCAAACAACCUGCUGCAGUAUUGCUGGUUCAUUACUUUAGUUUUUUCCAUCCAUAUAUUCCCACUCUCUUCCUCUCUCACUCCCUAUUGAUUUGUCUGUCUGAUGGAAGCCUCCUCUCUCUGAGUCUCAUUUGCAGCUAAUAGUCUUUUUAUAGGACUCAGACAGGAGCUACUAGACUGGAGCCCAGCAUGCGCGAAGACAAAUGAACACACAUUCACACACUUGCAAGCAUUUAAAACAACAUUACCACAUCUUUCUCAAACCUAUCAAGAUGGGACUGUGUUUGGUGCAAUGGUUGCAAAAAUACCAACAAUUUCAUGACAAUCAAACAAUCAGUUAUAUCUGAUAAUUUGAUGCUAAGAUCUAUGCAGACCUAAGAUCUGAUGCAAACUCUUCUACUUCUACACAAACUCUACACAAACUCUUCUACGCUUUGACGUCUCUCUGAUCUAGGCUGAAGUUCCUCAGAUGAACACUUUCUUCUUAAACGCAUUUGUCUUUUCAUCCUUUUAAUGAUACUUUUGAGGACUGAGCUGUCAGCACUCGUUUUGUGGGUUUGAUAAUGAAGGAAUCAGUGGAUAGAGAGAAAAAGAGGACUAUUAAAGACAAGUUAUUGAUUGUGACAGACAGACGUGGAGAAAUGUAAAGAGGCUUUGUGGACACUGAGACAUGGAGCUUGUCCCAAAAACCAAAUACACACCCUUCAGGAGCGACUCCUUCAGCUUGACAGAGGAGACGGCAUCCAAUGCCUCCCUCCCAUCUUCUGCUCCUCUCACCCCUCUCACCCCUCCUGGCAUCUCUUCUUCUCUCUCCUCCUCCUCUCUCACCCCAUUCCUCCCCCCUUCCUCUCCACGGCAGGCUGAGAACAGCCCCACCAUCCUCUGCUCCUUCUUCCCCAGGAUGGGAGCCCUGCGGCUGGGCAUGUCUUCCAGUCUGCUCCCAGGCCUGAAGGCCUACAGCAGGCCAUCAAGCGUGGCGAGCAGUCAAGGUUUGGGGGAGUCUCCGGAAGACAGCGGCAACUCAGCCGCCAGCUCUUCUCCUCCUCCUGUCCUUUCUUUAAUAGCUCCGUCUCCUCCUCCUCGUCCCCUACAGGAUAUGAACCGGCUGGGUGGGGCCUCGCGGAGGGCCCGUGUAGAGGGGGGCCAGCUCGGUGGAGACGAGUGGACUCGGCACGGCUCCUUCGUCAACAAGCCCACACGAGGCUGGCUACACUCGGACAAUGUUGUCAGCACCACCGGCGUCUAUUACACUGUCAGGUAUAUGGGCUGUGUGGAAGUUCUACAGUCAAUGAGGGCGCUGGACUUCAACACCAGGACUCAGGUUACCAGGGAGGCAAUAUCAAUGGUAUGUGAGGCAGUGCCAGGUGCCAAAGGAGCUCAACGCAGGAGAAAGCCCUCCUCCCGUUGCCUCUCGUCCAUUUUAGGGAAAAGUAAUCUCCAGUUUGCUGGAAUGACAAUCAGCCUCACCGUCUCGACCAGCAGCCUGAACCUACUGGCAGCUGACUGCAAACAGAUUAUUGCCAACCAUCACAUGCAGUCCAUCUCUUUUGCAUCAGGAGGAGAUCCAGACACAGCAGAGUAUGUAGCCUAUGUCGCCAAAGACCCGGUCAAUCAAAGAGCAUGUCAUAUCCUGGAAUGCUCAGAAGGCUUGGCUCAGGAGGUCAUCAGCACCAUUGGUCAGGCUUUUGAGCUCCGCUUCAAACAAUACCUGAAGAAUCCCCCAAAACUGGUUGCCCCUCACGAUCGGAUGGCUCCAUUUGAUGGGUCAGCCUGGGAGGAAGAGGAAGAGGACCUGGCUCCACCCUCAGAGGUCCCGUAUUACAAUAACUUUCCUGGCAAACAACCUCCUCCCGGAGGCUUGGUUGACAUGAGGACCCGUCCUGGACACAGCACAGGAGCCACAUUGCCCUAUGGACAGCCCAGCCAGAACGACAUUCACAAGCAGCCUCUACCUCCUCUACCAGUGGGUGUAAAGGAGGGUGGUUUGUUUGAUGACCCCUCAUAUGUGAACGUGGAUAAGCCCCGCCUCCCGGCAGCAUCAGCAGCCAAUGGAAAUGUUCACAGAGAUGCUUUUGACAUGAAGCCGUUUGAUGAUGCUUUAGGAGUGUCAGGUGCAGUGGCACCCCCUCUGGCAGAGCAGCUGCAGAACGAGCCCUGGUUCCACGGGCCUCUUAGCCGAAGACAGGCCGAAAGGCUUCUGACUAAGGAUGGAGAUUUCCUGGUGAGGGAGUCAGGCACCACACCAGGCCAGUAUGUCCUUACUGGGCAGCAGGGCGGUCAAGCCAAACACCUGCUUCUUGUGGAUCCAGAGGGAGUGGUGCGUACCAAAGACCACCGGUUUGAGAGUGUUAGUCACUUGAUUAGCUAUCAUAUGGACAACAGGCUGCCAAUCAUCUCAGCAGGAAGUGAGGUGUGUCUGCAACAGCCCGUCGAGCGCCGAGUUUAAGAGAAACAUCCUGAUUUUUCUCCACAAGAAAAAAACUCCUCCCUUUCCCACUUUUUUGGCAGACUUUAGCAGAAAAUUACUUUUUCAAGUGGGAGUGUAAAGUAAUCAUAUCUGUUAAAAAAAUCAGAAACACAAAAUUUUGUUCUGCAUCAACCAUCGACCAUGAAAUUUCAAACUGAUUCAGUCAUUAUACUCAAGGACUAAAAGACAUGCAAAUCGUUUGAAAAAGCAAUUACAAAAAGCCAAACUCAAAUGUAGAGACAUCUGAAAGAGAAAAACAAACAGUUCAGUGAAAUGGAUGUGGCAUCAACACAGUAUCAUAUCUUGAAUUAAGACUGGGGAGCAGCUGUAACCAUGGCAACAGACUUGGGCAUUCUUGGAGUUUAGAGUUGAUCUGAAUGAACUACAAUCGCAGCACCUUUGUAGCACUCUAUUGAUUGGGAGUUCACAUCCAAAGACUCAAGACUGCUUCAAACCGAUUAUUCAUUUUAAGAGAGCUGUUUUGUUUUUUAAGUGUAUGCUGCAGUCUGUUUGCGAAUCCCCUGCAUUAUCCUGUCACAAGUCGUGGUCUUAAGACUGUUUGAUGAAUAUGCAAAACUUUAAAGAAAAUACAGAGCUUAUUCUCCAAACACAGGCUUCAACAUUCAGUGUCUCCAUUAAAUUAAUCCCAUCCAUUGUAAUUCCCACUGCAAUAUCACUUUGUCAGUGUCUCCACCAGGAGAUAACACUCCAAAUUGCUUCUUUUUCUCACCCUGAAAAUGCCCUUUACAGCAUUCCAACAUGAUCCCAGGAAUGAAUGGGAAUUUUGGACAUUUGGGAACACCCCUGAACAUAUGUGAAAGCUUUAGCAGCCUGCACAGGUACUGUGUGGAAUUUUCAUUAUGCAACCAAGCAGACGCUGUGAGGGACUUAUCCUACCCUUUAUGAGGUAAAAUUGCAGACAUCCUAGUAUGUGGGGAAAAGGGACGUUCCCUCUCCAUUUACAUCAUCAAUCAACCUGUGAGGAAAGGGAUGAGACAAAAUUAUAAAAUCAGUGCAAACAGUGGACAUGGACAUACUGUAAGCCUAUAAUCUGAAUAGGAAAGACUGGAAUUGUUCUGUGAAAUGACACAAAGCAAAUCUAUUUUAAAGCCUUCUUAUGAUGUCAUUUUAAAUAGGAAUUUAUAUAUUUGUUGCAUUGAAGUCAUCUCCUUGAAAAGCUGACAUCAUCAGUUGGAUGGUUUAAUUUUAUAAUGCAUUAGGAAUUUGAGCAGAUGCUUUAUUGUUCUUUUUCUUUUUCAUGUGGACAUUUCUACUCUGUUCGCAUUGACAAUCUACAGUAUCUUUAUGUGUAUUGAAGUGUCAGCUGCUUCUGUAUGGUUGUAGCCUUUAGUUUCAAGACAAAGUGAAAGGAUUCAUGCUUUUCAAAGAUUUGCUAUAAUUAUUAGACUGCAUUUGAAUGAUGUGUAUUGCAAGUGGUGCAGGAUUACUUGUCUUUCCUUGCCUGUCAAACUUCGAAGCCUCUAUUCAGGAGGACAAAAAGCACUCCAAAUGAAUUCUGUCCGUUAAAAGUCUUUUUGCAGCCAUAAAGUGCAGUUUCAGUAUAAACCACAGACAGGAAGAGGAAGGACAGUUCUUCCUCCCUUUAUUCUUUUGUUCUCUUUUGUUCUGGUAUAGAUUGUGCCUUUUUAACUUUACACAGACAUACCAGUGUAACUCAGUCACCUUAUGCAAAUCUGUGGGUAAACAUGACACUUUCUUUUCUUAAAAAGUUGAAAAACAAAUCUGUGAAAAUGACACGAGUUAAGUGAGCUUUAGUACCGCUUUUUGCAAGCAGUCUUCAUAUUUCCUCUGCAUGAUUUUUGUGCAAUGCUAUUGUACUGUGGUCUUAGUUUAGUGCUGAUCUGUGGUUUAAAUAAAACUGCUCAGUAUUAUGUCAUAUUGCUUAAACUUAAAAUUGUUAAUAAGAACUCCAUACUCCAUUUCUCAUUGGUGACCUAAAACAGAUGCUUAAUAUUCUGUAAGAACAUGUAAAUAAGCUUUUCAUAUGCUCAUAGUUAUUUUCAUCAUGUCUGAGCAUAUCACAUCUAAAGCCAGUUAUUCACUGUGUGGAUCAGUCUCAAAUGAAUCUGUAGGGAAUUAGCACAUUUGUAAAGGAUUGUACUGAAGUGACUUAUUGGCCUACUAUCAUGAGGGAAAAAAGCAUAGAGUGAUAACCUAAUGUGUUCUCCACACAGCAGACACACAUCUAUGUAAAUUAUGAGGUUGUUCUUUGUCAGAUUGUAGACCCUUAGCAGGCCAUAUCUGGAUGCUUUGUCAAUCUGGAAUUGGUACCUGGCAACGGUUUUAUUUUUUUAUAUGGAUUCAAUUUGUGUAUUAUCAGUCAACAUUCAUUCCACAUAAAUUUAGCUGCAACUGAAUGUGACCUGCCCUCACAUUCAUGUGAAUUUUAGCCUGUUGUAAUUCAAAUGUAUGCUUCCAGCAAAAGGAGAAUGGUGUAAUGCUUGUUUGUUUUUGAAUCUUUUCACUUUUAUGUGUUGAUGUUCAGACUACUGGUUCUGGUCAGUAUAAUUGGUAAUACAGUUUGUUCUGUUUCAACAAAGAAUGUUUGUGAGAGUAUGUAGAGGUAUAUGUGUGCAGAGCUGGAAUGGACUGGAAUAAUCUGGCUUUUACACCUCUCUUGCUCACCACUCAACUGUUUGCUCAUUUUUAUAAUUUACAGCGGCCUUUGUUGCAUGGAAACACUUCCUGUUAUUGUGGUAAUGGUGACCUUUGUGUUGUGGUUUGUUGUAUGCUAUAUUCAAAGCCAAAGGCUUUUUUAUUCUUGUUUGCCUAUAUAAAUAUUUUGUUGUUGUUGUUUUUUACAUGUUUUUGAUUGUUUUAAUAAUCCUUUUUUUAUGUUGUUGUUCUAUGGGGAAAACAUAAAUGUUUACACCUGUAUCUCAAACAAUAGAUUACAUAUAUAAAUGCAUAUAUCAUUCA